CCCACCAUGUCGUCCUGGAAGCUCGCUGACCAGUCCCUGCGCUACCGCUCCAUCGAUCCCCCUCGCAGAAAUCAAAGAGGGAGCUCUUGGCUCUCGAUCAGCCUCGCAAGUCUUUCCAGAUCGAUCGGCCACCCCGACGCCAGCGACCGUCGGCGGCGGCGGCGAUAGCUCUACAUCGUCGUCGCAGAUGAAUGCCACUCCAUCCUCCUCAUCCUCGCCGCCCUCGUCGUCCUCGGCAAGCUCUCUCGCCUCUUCGACGGGGGCUCCCAUCCCUCGCUCGGGCAUGCUGACCAUCCGCGUCAUCGAUGCCAGAGGUCUGUCCCUGCCGCAAGGCACCAGCACCCCUCCUGCCAUUGCUAAAGCCCUGGCCCACUAUGGCACAAGCUCAUCAGGUGUCGGCGGCCACUCGCUUGCCCACUCCUUUGCAGCACCGCAGCAAUCAAAUCGGCAGAGCAUGCAGAGAAGACAAUGCUGGUGGCUCCCCUACCUCGUCCUCGAAUUCGACAAGAAUGAAGUCCUCAUCGAUGCUGUAGGAGGAGAUGUUCAGGCCCCCGUCUGGAUGUUCAAGGCUCACUUUGAUGUCUCGAGAAAUUCAGAGAUUUCGCUGCAGACGUACCUGCGGUCGGGCGAGGGCCCCGAGUCGCAUCCGGCUGGCAAGGAUGGUCAGGGCGACGACGUCAUGGGCGUCGGGGACAUCUUCUUGGGCGGGAUCAAGUUCGUGCCGGACUUUGAGACGAUGAGGACCUCCAACGAGUGGUACACGCUCAGCGGCGGCAGCGGUCAGGUCCAUGUUGAGGUCUCGUACAGGACGCAGCAGGCCUCGCUCGACAUGGAGGCAUUUGAGCUGCUCAAGGUCAUUGGGAAGGGCAGCUUUGGAAAGGUAAUGCAGGUACGCAAGAAGGACACAUCAAGGAUCUACGCGCUCAAGACGAUUCGCAAGGCGCACAUCGUGUCGCGGUCCGAGGUGACGCACACCUUGGCAGAGAGAACCGUCCUCGCGCAAGUCAACAAUCCAUUCAUCGUGCCGCUCAAGUUCUCCUUCCAAUCCCCCGACAAGCUCUACCUCGUCCUCGCCUUUAUCAACGGCGGCGAGCUUUUCCACCACCUGCAACGAGAAGGCCGCUUCAACGAGGAGCGCAGUCGCUUCUACGCCGCCGAGCUCCUCUGUGCCCUCGAGCACCUGCACGGCUUCAACGUGAUUUACCGCGACCUCAAGCCCGAGAAUAUCCUUCUAGACUACACAGGUCAUAUUGCGCUGUGCGACUUUGGCCUCUGCAAACUCAACAUGGGCGAUCAAGAGAAGACGAACACCUUCUGUGGCACGCCAGAGUACCUCGCUCCCGAGCUCCUAUUGGGCCACGGUUACACCCGCGCAGUAGACUGGUGGACGCUGGGCGUGCUCCUCUACGAGAUGUUGUCGGGUCUCCCGCCAUUCUACUCGGAAGACGUCAACGAGAUGUACCGCAAGAUCCUGCAAGACCCGCUGCGCUUCGGCGAGGAGAUCUCGCCCGAUGCUCGCUCCCUCCUCACUUUGCUCCUCAACCGGGACCCGAAGCAACGUCUAGGCAGCGGCGUAGGAGGAGCGCAGGACAUCAAGCGUCACCCCUUCUUCGCGAAGCACGUCGACUGGCGCAAGCUACUGGCAAAGAAGGUGCAACCUCCCUUCAAGCCUGCCGUGGCGAGCGCGAUUGAUACGAGCAACUUUGAUCCAGAGUUUACAGGAGAGACGCCCGUUGACUCGGUCGUCGAUGAUUCGCACAUGCUCAGCGCUACAGUACAGGAGCAGUUUGUUGGCUUUAGCUAUAAUGCGCCGAACGAUCUGCAGCAAGGGGAGUCACUGCGAUGAUAGGCGAGCGAAAGGAGGUGGCGACGACGAC